UUGAAACGCGUUUGCCAUCAAGUUUUGUUUACAAAUGAACAAGUUUUUAUAAAGUUGGUUAGUCAAAAAGUUAUAAAGUAUUACAUUUUGUCGUGAAGUUAUAUUAAUUUCCAAAUAUGAAUAAAGAAAAUGAAGACUCGCAUUCAAAUAAGCGAAGAAGAUUAGAUGAUAGUUCUGAAUACAAUGAUAAUUCGGACUAUUGGCCCGACUCCGAAAGUGAUUCUGAUUCCCCAUCAUCAAUGCUACCGUCUCUAAAUGACACAAGUCCACUGUCUCCUAUCAAAGCUGAGGUGCAUGCAGCCAGCAGAAGAUGUCGAGAGAAUUCAGGUGAGAGCACAGCAAGCAGAUCGGGCAGAGGCAGGCGGAACACAUCCUCGUCACCAGCUCAGCAUGUUCCAGAACCGGCUACAGAUAGAGUGUUCAUCUGGGACCUGGACGAGACCAUAAUCAUAUUCCACUCGCUGCUCACUGGCACUUAUGCUACUAAGUACAAUAAGGACACACAGCAAAUAGUCCAGUUGGGUUUCAGAAUGGAAGAGAUGAUAUUCAGCCUGGCUGACACGCAUUUCUUCUUUAAUGAUGUUGAGGACUGCGACCAGGAGCACAUAGAUGCCGUGGCGGCUGACGAUAACGGCCAAGACCUGUCCGCGUACAACUUCGCAACAGACGGUUUCCACGCCGGCGCGGCGCCCAACACCGGCCUCUGCGCUCCUGGUGUGCGCGGCGGCGUCGACUGGAUGAGGAAGCUCGCCUUCAGAUAUAGGAAGAUCAAGGACACGUACAAUAACUACAGGAAUAGUGUGGGAGGUCUAUUGGGGCCGGCAAAAAGAGAACAAUGGUUGCAACUGCGCGCUGAGUUAGAGCAAGCAACCGACAACUGGCUAACGCUUGCUUGCAAAUGUCUCAACAUGAUCAACUCCAGGGAAAACUGCGUUAACGUGCUAGUGACGACCACGCAGCUCGUGCCCGCUCUGGCGAAGGUGUUGCUGUUCGGGCUCGGAGUGUUCCCCAUAGAGAACAUAUAUUCGGCCACUAAAACAGGAAAAGAAACAUGUUUCGAGAAAAUAAAACAACGAUUCGGCGAACGGUGUACGUAUUACGUAGUGAUAGGCGAUGGGCAAGACGAAGAGGCGGCUGCGAAAGCGAAGAACUAUCCCUUCUGGAGGAUAUCGAGUCACUCCGACAUCGCCGCGCUGUACAACGCGCUAGACAUGGGCUUCUUAUGAUUUGCUGCGCUCCUGGUAACACAAAGCAAGCGCGAAAAUAAAUAUACGAAAAAUGUACAUAUUCAGAAACAACUCUCAUGGUAUUCUGUUGUCCUGGUAACAUUGGUCAAAAA